AUGAGUGCGCUGGGCAUCGUCACCGGCGCGUUCGGCGCGGUAUGGUCCGUCGUCGCCACCGUCCUCCGGGGGCUGUUCGGCUUCCUGAACGACUUCAAGGCGGCGGCCAGCGUGGCGAUCUUCGGCUGGUGCGUGGGGCUCUUCGUCGGUACCGUGAUCGUCAGGCACUGGCGACGGGCCGUGGCGAGGUCGGAACGAGAGUCCGCGCGUAAAGUCGCGGCGGAAGCGGUCAAAUCACGCCGUAAGGACAUCCCGAACCCGCUGCCCCCCGACGUCAUCGAGACCGCGCUCAAGCACAUCCCCCGGUGGGCUCGCGAUCCCGAUUGGAACCGAGCGGCGUUCCUCAAUCGCGUGCUCGACGCGCUCUGGCCGCACGUCGACACGUCGGUCUGCGAGGUUGUUCGCGACAGCGUGGAGCCCAUCCUGCGUGAUCUCGUCCCGAGGAAUAUAGUGCACUGGAUAGGCUUCGAGAAGCUCACGCUUGGUCCCACCCCGCCCACCAUCGGCGGCGUGAAGGUGCUCGGCAGCAGCUCCGACGACGUCGUCCUCGAGCUGGAGCUGCAGUGGGCGUCGGGCGCCGACUUCGUGCUCGCGGCGUACGUCUUCGGCGUGCGGGUGCCGGUUCGACUCAGCGACGUGCAACUCGUCGCGGCGGUUCGCGUCCAUUUCACCCCGCUCGUCGACGAGCUGCCGUGCCUCGGCGGGCUGGAGGUGAGCCUCCUCGGCAUGCCGGACCACCUCGACCUCGCCGCCGUCGUCCCGCCGGGCGUCGACCUCAUGGCGCUUCCCGCGAUGGACGUCCUCCUGCCCUGGAUCCUUCGCAAGAUCCUCGGCCCGAUGUUCGUGUAUCCCUCGCGCAUGAUCAUCCCCAUCAUGGACAACAGCGGUCUGGAACCCCCCGCGACGGGGAUGAUCAAAGUUCGCGUCCGCGGCGGCUACAACAUGCAGAAGCGGCGAAAAGACGGCAAGGCCACCGGGCUGGUGCUGCCCGGGAGUAAGCUGAUCGGGUUCGGGGGCGAGCGGUACCAGGUCCGGCUGUACACCCGCGAGCAGCGUAAGGUGAUGCUCAUGUCCAAGUCGAGGGACGAGCCCACGUGGGACGAGUUGCACUACUUCCUGGCCAAUCCCGAGUCCACCCUCCACUGCGUCUUGCUCACCAUGAACAUGCGCGAGCUCGGUCGGUGCGAGAUACCGAUGCGGCUCUUGUGCGAUCCGAGUCGCGAGGGGAAAACCGCGAACCUGCACCUGCCCAUCGAGGACCCAACACCGUUCCAAGAGCCCGAGCCCGAACCCCCGGUCCCGCCCAAGCGUGCCACCGCCGCGGACAUCGAGAGGCUGAACAAGGAGUACGCCCUCGCGAUGAAAAAUCAUCGCGAAAAGCUCGCGAGGCUGCGGCUCGAGCAGCUCGCAAAGGCGAAGCUUCCGGAGCCCAGGCCCAACACCCCGACCGUCGCGAUCGACCUCGAGUACGUGCCCAUGGGCUCUGGCAAGUCCCGCCGGACGAGCCUCGCCGGGAUAACCUCAGUCGCGAGCCCGGGCGCGAAGACUGCCUCGGGCGUAGAAGAAGACGAGGAGGAGGAGGAGGAGGAGACGGUGGCGGGCAACCGCGAGGGGCGCGUCGGGAUCCUGCGGGUCACCGUCAACCGCGCGGUGAACGUGCGCAAGGCGGACAACGCCAAGCAGCCGCAACCCGUGUGCGUGGCGCAGAUCUCGGGCCAAAAGUUCGUCACCGCGGCGCCCGUGGACCCGACCAACAAGCCGCUGUGGGACGAGACUUUUCUCUUCUUCAACGUGUCGGAUCGCGACGCGGUUUCGCUGACGCUCUGCGACGGCGGGGAGCGCGGGGAGUUUCUCGGGGAGUGCGUGGUGGACAUGCGGAAAAUAACGCGGGACAUGGAGCUGUCGGACAUGUUCCACCUGGCUGGGGUCAAGAACAACGCGCAGAUCUUCGCGCAGUUCAAGUUCUCCUACCUGGGGUGA